CAAUUAUGUAUUUUCUGAGUGCUUUCCAAACAGAUCAUGCCAAGCAAUAUGGUCACAAAAACAUCCGUCCACUUAUGAUCAUAUGUGAUGGAUCCUUCGUGCUCAUGCAUGCCAUUUCACUCAUCUUCUGCCAAACCAACCUCAAUGCCUUGCUCCAAAGUUAUUUUAGAAUUCUGACAGGGAAAGGCACUGCUGAAGACUUUGAUCUGCCUAUACUCCACCGCUGUCUUAGUCAUAUCAUGAAAAAUGCUAAAUCCCUGUGCAAAAAGCAUGCACCAAAAAACUACAAGCUGGCCAUGCAUAUUUUUGGACUUCUGACCACAGCAAGGUCCAUUGCUGAGUUUGAUGAUAUGCUCCUGAGCUGCACUGUCAUCUUCUCAAGCCCAUGCAGCUCAGAAAAUGUUGAAAAACACUUCAACAACAUUCAGGCUUUGUUGACCACUGUAGGAGAGUCAGUGGUUGAUGACAACAGCAUAGUUUCUGAGGACCUUGAGGACACCUUCAGUCAAACGCCUUUUCACAGGCAUUUCAUGGAGGUCAUAGGCACUGCACCCCUCAACAACCAAGGGGAUCCUAAUGUGUACUAUACUGAGACAUUCAUCUCCUCAUUGGCUGCACACUUCUUGAGUCAUGCAGCUCUAUGGACAAGCAUGAUGCUGGGGGACCUGGGCAGGCAUGGUGAAGGACCCCCAUACCAGCUUUUCUCAAAGAAAUUUUCCAAAAUUUCAAAAAAAAAAAAUGCCAGAGGCAGACGACUGAACAGACUUGAUGACUUCAUAAUGACCUGUAAAGACACCCACACUGCACUUCUGAGAGAAUUUAAUGAUGCGGGACGUAUCACUAAACGAAAGGGAUACGGCGACGUGCUUGACUUCGCGGAUCGCUUCUUCGAGACUGCAGGGGAGAUGGUCCAAGAUGAGCAGGAGCAGAUGGUCCUGUUCAAUGGCGGCCUCAACCAUCCUCUGACGCGGGAGGAGAUGCAGAUGCUGAGACCGCUGGGCUUCAACGAACUGAUCAGCCUCUCCACCACCACAGACUGGUCUCCGUGGCAAGCGGUGGAGGAGAAUGUCUUCGGGGUCCUCCUUUGUGGCUUCCAAAAGCUGAAAAAGAAGAGGCAACGGAGGGCAGCCAGGAGUACGGAGGUCCUGAGUGCAAUUGGGUUCUCCAGCUAUGUCUUCCUUGAAGAACCAUGA